UAGGACUGUCGGUGCAAAAAGCGUACCAUAGACGUUCACUGGUCCCAUCAUGGCCAGGGUCUACAUCAACACUGUCUGCUUCAAAGCUUUACUCUUACAACUGUGUGCAUUCAGUGUGCUCGGACAGGACUUGCAUGUUAUCCCAGAAUCAAAUGACACUGCUGUUGAUGGGUUGAUUGAUGAAUAUUAUUUCGAUUACACCACCGACACCCCUGCAGAAGACUUUGAUUUGUCUCUAGAUGACUGGUUAUAUGAACUCAUGGAUGUCGCAGAUGAGUGUGAUCCAAACCCAUGUUUGAAUGGCGGCAGCUGUGACCACGCUGCUGAUGGGAGCUUCAAAUGUUUGUGCCCUGAGCCGUACUCAGGAAAGAAGUGUCAGAUAGUGACUAAUGUUUGCAAGAACGUGAAAUGUGGCCGUGGAAGCUGUGUUGUCACAUCUACUGCUCCAUUCAACGAGUGCAAGUGCAAGCAUCCAUACAAACCACCCAACUGCACUAAAGCUUCUCGCUGCAGGCCCAAUCCCUGUCAGAAUGGAGGCUCUUGCAUGAAGGGUCCCAAACACUCCUCCUUCCAAUGUUCUUGUCCUCGUGGAUAUACUGGAAAGUUCUGCGAAGUUGAACCAAACGACUGUUAUCAAGAGGACGGAGAGUUUUACCGCGGCAUGGUGAGUGUAACAGUUGAAGGGGAAGAGUGUCUGGACUGGAAUUCCUAUUUCAUCCUGCAGAAAGGGGGGGGGAGAUCCCAUCAAAGGGUAUUCAGGCUUCGAUGGAAUUGGACCACACAAUUACUGCAGGUGAGGAGUUGUCUUGUGUAAAUAUUGCACAUGUACUUAAUGUUGACAUUACCAUGUUUGUCUGUCUGUAAAUGUCAAUACAGUCCAUGAGAGGCACCUACUGUUUAUGUACUCAAGACUUUGUGUUUAGUCUUUGUAACUCUAGGCACGCUUUCAAAGGGUCAGUAACUGGUUUAUUAAGUUAAUCAAAGUCUUUUUUACAGAGUAAGUAAUAGGCUGUUAAAAUUCAUACUUAAGAAAAACUUUUGGGCUGCCAGGUUGUAACUUCUUUUUUUAAUGUAUAAU